GGACGCAACUCAGUCUCUUUUGAAUAUUCAACGCUGGUGGUUGAUUUCUGUUCUGUUUCAGAAAUGGCUUCCCAGCUCUUAUCUCUGGGCUUGGCUCUGGCACUGAUCUUCCUAAUCGGCGGUCACUGGACAGACGCACGUCCUCAAAAUCCUUACUAUGUGGAGAACGGUGGACAUGGCGGAUUUGGAGGACCCGAAACACAUCAUCAUCGUUCCCAUCAUGGGCAUGGUCAUGGUCAUGGACACGGACACGAACACGGCUUUGGACCUGGACAUGGGCAUGGUUUUGGUCCAGAUUUCUCUGGUGGAUAUCCUUCCCAACCACAGUCGCCAAACUUUGGUCCACCACCUACUUAUCCGGUUAAUCAAUAUCCUGGUGGUCCCUUCUCUGGACAACAGCCAGGCGGCGGUCGCUUCGGAAUUAGACAGCCUGGAAAUUUCGUUGGAGGUCAACAGCCAGGUCCUAACGUUAGACCACAGCCUGGCCAGGGUGGAGACUUCAAGAGCGGGCAACCAGGCUUCCAACAGCCAGGAGGAGACUUCAACAGAGGCCAGUCGGGAGGAGACUUCAAUGGAAGGCGACAACCUGGUUUCCAGCAACCUGGAACUGGCCCCAAUCGAGGACAACCUGGUUUCCAGCAUCCAGGAACUGGCCCCAAUCGAGGACAACCUGGCUUCCAGCAACCAGGAACUGGCCCCAAUCGGGGACAACCUGGUUUCCAGCAACCUGAGGGUGACUUCAAUGCUAGACAACCAGAUAGCAAUGAACUGCCCACCUAUCCGCGACCUGGUCAUUCCCCCGGCGGUUUUCAGCAGCAACCUGGCAGCGGUGAGAAUACGCUGCAGCCGCGACCAGGAUCGGGCCAAAGUCCAAUAGGCGGAGUAGGCGGUGGCUUCCAGCAGCCUGGACGUCAACCUGGAAGCUCCAGUAAUCCGCUUCAGCCUCGUCCGGGCAAUAACAACGAAGAUGACUACUCACAGUUUAAUUUCCAAACUCCCAACACUCUACAGCCACGACCGGGACAAGGACCGGGUCAAAGCCCAGUAGGAGGAGGAGGCAGUGGCUUCCAGCAGCCUGGACGUCAGUCGGGAAGCUCCAGUAAUCCCCUACAGCCUCGUCCCGGCAAUAACGACGAGGACGACUUCUCACAGUUUAAUUUCCAAACUCCCAACACUCUGCAGCCACGACCGGGACAGGAUCAAUCAGGCGGAGGAGCCUCCUCUGUAAUCCAACCCAUUCCUGGACAGACUUCGACGCGUGACAAUGUGGACAAGAAUCUAGGUGACCUUUUCAACACCCAAGAGUACCUGUCACCCGAACUAAGCCAGGGAGUUGGAUCCAGAUCAGGAUCCGAUCGGGAUCCCAAAUCCGAGACCGAAGAGGCACUUCCGAGUCAGUGAAUCAGCGCAAUCUCUUCAACACGGAUCCCAUCUGUACCAAUGGAACCGAGAGGAUGGCGGGACGAUGCCGGAAGCAGGCCUAAUGAAUGUCAGGAUAAAUGUAAUUCUUCAAUCUGGAACAAGAAACUCUUUAUCUUUAUCUGUAAAAUUGUAAAAUCGAGUUGAGCCAAUAAAUGUAUCUCGUUCUGAGUAAUUAAAAAUUA